ACUUCGUCUAAUACAUCUUCUCAAUGUCAAACUAUUACAACUUCGUCUAAUACAUCUUCACAAUGUCAAGCUAUUACAACUUCGUCUUAUACAUCUUCACAAUGUCAAGCUAUUACAACUGCGUCUUAUACAUCUUCUCAAUGUCAAGCUAUUACAACUUCGUCUAAUACAUCUUCACAAUGUCAAGCUAUUACGAAC